CGGAGCUAUAUAUUUAAGUGGAAUCCUAAAAGGUACAUACACACUGUUCCGCGUGUUGGUUGUCCUUUCAUUCUAAAGAGGCGGGAAAACGCGAGGAAGAGAGGAGAGAAUGAAGGAGAAAACGGAGAAAGGCGGAGAACAUCCGCCGUCGGUGGACGAACGGUACACACAAUGGAAGUCUCUGGUACCUGUUCUAUACGAUUGGCUUGCUAAUCACAAUCUCCUUUGGCCUUCACUCUCUUGUCGAUGGGGGCCCCAGUUUGAGCAAGCAACUUACAAAAACCGCCAGCGCCUCUACCUUUCCGAGCAGACUGAUGGCAGUGUUCCAAAUACUCUUGUCAUAGCUAAUUGUGAAGUUGUAAAACCUAGGGUUGCAGCAGCACAGCACAUAUCUCAGUUCAACGAAGAAGCACGUUCGCCUUUUGUAAAGAAGUUCAAAACUAUUAUUCAUCCUGGUGAGGUGAAUCGAAUUAGGGAACUGCCUCAGGAUAGCAAAAUAGUGGCUACACACACUGACAGUCCUGAUGUUCUUAUUUGGGAUAUUGAGUCUCAGCCUAAUCGUCAUGCUACCUUGGGAGUAAAUAAUUCACAACCAGACUUGAUAUUGACUGGGCAUCAAGACAAUGCUGAAUUUGCGCUCGCAAUGUGCCCUUCUGAGCCUUUUGUGCUCUCUGGAGGGAAGGAUAAAUCGGUUGUUCUGUGGAGCAUUCAUGAUCAUGUGUCUACUUUGGCAGCAGACCAGGGAGAUACAAAGUCUCCUGGAUCUGGAGCAAGUAACCCAAAAUCUUCUGCAGAAGGCCCUACUGUUCAAGCUCGAGGUAUUUUCCAAGGACACGAUGAUACUGUAGAAGAUGUUCAGUUUUGCCCUUCCAGUGCGCAGGAGUUCUGCAGUGUUGGAGAUGAUUCCUGCCUAAUACUCUGGGAUGCAAGAACUGGUUCUUCUCCUGCUGUCAAGGUAGAAAAGGCUCAUAAUGCUGAUCUUCAUUGUGUUGAUUGGAAUCCUCACGAUGUAAAUUAUAUUUUGACCGGGUCGGCGGACAACACAGUUCACAUGUUUGAUCGACGAAACCUCACUUCUGGGGGAGUGGGAUCGCCUAUACAUAUCUUUGAGGGCCAUAGUGCUGCUGUGCUUUGUGUACAGUGGUCCCCAGAUAAAUCAUCAGUCUUUGGAAGUUCAGCAGAAGAUGGUAUCCUGAACAUCUGGGAUCAUGAAAGGAUUGGUAAGAUGAAGGAAGCUGUUGAUAGAAAAGCUCCAACAUCUCCUCCAGGCUUAUUCUUUCGUCAUGCUGGACAUAGGGAUAAGGUGGUCGACUUCCACUGGAAUGUGUCAGAUCCAUGGACGAUUGUUAGUGUCUCAGAUGACGGUGAAAGUACUGGCGGAGGUGGUACAUUACAGAUAUGGCGAAUGAUUGAUCUCAUUUACAGACCAGAAGAUGAGGUUCUAAAUGAACUGGACAAGUUCAAGUCUCACCUGCUUACUUGUUCUUAAUGUCUCCUCAUAGGCGAUGUCACUGAUGUUCAAGCCACGUUAAUGGAAAACUAAUACCAAUCUAUGAGUUUGUCGAGUCGAUCAAAUGGCUAGCUUUGGAUAUUUAUGUAUUGAAUCCCUUAAUCUUAUCAUCGACUUUAUGAUUAUGAAAACACCUCCUUUUAGGCAUAUAAAGGGGCUUUAAGGAGUUUAUGUGGCGUUUUGUUGAAAAAGAAUUCCAUGGAUAUUUCUCUCCACAGUUCUAAGGCCUACAAGAGCAAAAGUGUGGGAAUUCAAUGUUUAGAAAAGAGUUGAAAACUAAUUAGUGUCUCAGAGAAGAUGAAGUUGCAAUGAAGGUUUUAUCAAUCAAAUUCUUAUCUCUAUAAAUUAUUAUAUUUUCCAGAAAGGACAUAAGCCACGUGUUAUUCCCCGUAAAAUUGCGUGGUUUUCGAUUUUAGAUUUCAUGUUUCAUACAUCUUAAGCUUUUAAUUGUAUAAACUCUUAUAACCAUUGUC